UUCUGGUUGUAGUUCCACCUUUGCAUGGUGCUAAACUAUAACAUUUCAUUCCUUGUGUAGCUCUCCUGACGGAGAUAAAAGAAAUUAAUGAGAAGAAAAGGAAGGAAGAUGAUGUGCUCCUUGCCAUUACUGCUGGCAAUAGGCGGCCUAUAGUUCCCAAUAUGUUAUUCGAGUAUGUAGACUUGGAAAUCCAUGAAGAUCUGCAUAAGAUCAUUAAGUACUCCUGUGGCGAAGUCUGCAAUUCUUCGGAUCAAUUAGAUAAAGUGAUGAGGAUAUGGACAACUUUUCUAGAGCCAAUUUUGGGUGUUCAGCCUCGAACGCAUGGUUCUGAGGAUCCAGACCUAGUUAAGGCCAAGAGCCGAACAACAGAAUCUGGUCUUGCAAGUAUCAGAGAAAGUAAUACUGGAGCAGGGAUUGUUGCCAAGCAAGGCAAUGGCGAUGAAAGUGAACAAGGACCGUCAUCUCGGGCUAGAUUGGCGAAUGGAGUUGCAGUAGACACUCAAAAUGGUUUCCAUGAUGCAGAUCGAACUGCCCGGAGAGGUGAGGAACAAUCAAAUGCUGCAUUAAAUGGAAGAUUGCACGGUGCUGUAUCUGCCGCAGAUGAAGUGCCUUCCAUAAGUGCCCAAAACAUGGCCUCUACUGACCGAUCCGCAGAGAACGCAACUGCUGUUAGGAUUGAACAACAGAAGGCUAAUUUGGAACUUACAGCAGGUGUCAAUGUGUCUAGGAGUUCUCAUGAUGCAGUUGAGACGGCUGGUGAAGGCAGGGCUGGCAAUGAAACGUUGGCUUCUGUGGAGGGAGGGGAGAUAGGGAGGCCAGGAUCAUCUUUAAAUGGCACCAAUGAGGGAAAUAAAGGGCGCCUGAAUAAUGAUGGUUCUGCGCCCCAUAAUUCCUCAAAAGUUGAAAGAGAAGAGGGUGAAUUAUCACCGAAUGGAGAUUUCGAAGAGGACCAUUUUGUUCCAUUUGAAGAUGGAGCAUCUAAAGUGAAGGAAGGUUCCACAAGCAAACCGUUCCAAGGUAGGCCAGGGGAUGUGGUACCAUCUUCUGACGCAGCUGGUGAGAAUGAUGCUGAUGCUGAUGCUGAUGCUGAUGCUGAUGAUGAAGGCGAGGAAAGUGCUCAGAGGUCUACUGAGGACAGUGAAAAUGCCUCAGAAGCUGGUGAAGAUGCAUCAGGCAGUGAAUCUGGUGAUGGAGAGGAAUGCUCUCGGGAAGACCAUGAUGAGGAAGAGGAGGAUAUGGAUCAUGAUGAUCAGGAUGCGAAGGCUGAAAGUGAGGGUGAGGCAGAAGGAACAACUGAGACACAUGACGUGGAAGGAGGAAUAUCACUACCACUUUCAGAACGCUUUCUGUACUCAGUUAAACCACUUGCCAAGCAUGUACCUACAGCUUUGCAUGACCGCAAUGAGAAGUCCUCGCGUAUAUUUUAUGGAAAUGAUUCGUUUUAUGUCUUGUUUAGGCUACAUCAGAUCUUGUAUGAGAGACUACUGUCAGCAAAAACAAACUCUUUUACUGCGGAAAAGAAAUGGAGGACUUCCAAGGAUACAAACCCACCUAAUCUUUAUGCAAAAUUUAUGAGUGCACUGUACAACUUGCUUGAUGGUUCUUCUGACAACACCAAGUUUGAGGAUGACUGCCGAGCAAUUAUUGGAACUCAAUCAUAUGUUCUCUUCACUUUAGACAAACUGAUUUACGAAGUGGUGAAGCAGCUUCAAGCAAUAGCAACAGAUGAAAUGGACAAUAAGCUUCUGCAACUAUAUUUAUAUGAAAAAUCAAGGUCUUCUGGAAGGUUCUUUGACCUAGUUUAUCAUGAGAAUGCCCGUAUCCUCCUCCAUGACGAGAGCAUAUACCGCUUCGAAUGUUGCUCAAAUCCGACAAGAUUGUCUAUCCAGCUGAUGGAAUAUGGUCAUGAAAAGCCAGAAGUGAAAUCUGCGGGGAGUGACGAUGGCGAUUCCAUCAAUAAUUCUCCGCAGGGUGCCCUUUUGGAAUAACAUCUGGGAGGAUACAUAAGGGUAAAUACAGCAAUGUGAAGCAAACGUGUAGGCCACCGCAGUCGGCUCUGUUGUGCUGAAAGAUAUGUAUAUAUGUAUUAGGAGCAUGUUGUUUGUUCUGGUUACCAUCCACUGGGUUUUCAAUGGUAGGUCUGUCCCAUCAAGUAUUUAACUAAUCAUCAUUUGUUGCUGUUGGUAUAGGUCUUCUGUAUUUUUUUUUGCUGUCGUUUUGCAUUGAAGAUAUGUAGUCAAAAUUAAAAACUGUGUCAAACAGUUAUGUAGUCUUCGUUUGGUUAAUCAAUCGCCAGAUACCAUAAUUUCUUUA